AUGAAAUCAAAUACUGAAUCUCUUGCAUGGGAGAAUUUACGUUAUGACUUGCAUUCAUGGAUCAAAGAAGCAAUAUCAUCAAUGGGGUAUCCCACUAUGACUCCAGUUCAAGCAUCGACUAUCCCAUUAUUGAGUGGUAAUAAAGAUGUUGUAGUUGAAGCAGUCACUGGAUCAGGGAAGACAUUAUCAUUUGUAAUCCCUGUUUUACAAAAAAUUUCUGAUAGAUUAUAUAAACCCGAUAGUGAUGGAGAUUUACCAGAACCAGUUAAACGAGGACAUAUGUUAUCGAUUGUAUUAUCACCAACGAGAGAAUUAGCUAAUCAAAUUCAAAGUGUUUUCAAUCAAGUAUUACAAUAUUUACCUGAAGAUAAGGGUACCCGUAUUAACACACAAUUAUUGGUUGGAUCUAUAGGUAAUGUUCGAGAAGAUUUAAAUCAAUUUUUAACGAAUCAACCACAAAUAUUAAUUGGAACUCCAGGGAGAAUCUUGGAAUUUUUAGGUAGUUCACAAUCAAUUAAAACAUCAUCUUUGGAAAUAGUUAUCCUUGAUGAAGCUGAUAAAUUAUUAGAUUUCCUGUUUGAAAAAGAUGUGAUCAAUAUAUUGAAAAAAUUACCUAAACAACGUCGAACAGGAUUAUUUUCAGCAACGAUAUCUUCUGCAGGUAAUACUAUUUUCCGUACAGGGAUGAAUAAUCCAGUUAAAGUUCAAGUGAAAUCGAAAAAUUAUUUUGGUGAACAAAGUAAUUCUCCCAAGAGUUUACAAUUAUCAUAUAUGAUGAUUAAUCCAGAAUUGAAAAUAACCACAUUAUUAACGAUAUUAUCAAAAUAUCAAUAUAAAAAGGCCAUUGUUUAUUUCCCUACUUGUACAUCAGUGAAACAUUUUUAUCAAAUAUUCAAUAAAGUUUAUCAACAAGAGUCUAGUGAUGAACCUCUUAAAUUUUUUUCAUUACAUGGUCAACUUAAUACUAAAUCAAGAUUGAAGACAUUAGAUAAUUUCACUCAAGGGGAUAUUAAUCUUUAUAAGCAUAUUCUUAUGACUACUGAUGUUGCAGCAAGAGGAAUUGAUAUACCUGAUGUUGAUUUAGUGAUACAAAUAGAUCCACCUACUGACCCCAAUGUUUUUUUACAUCGUUGUGGUAGAACUGGAAGAGCAAAUAAAGUUGGUCGAGCCAUUGUUAUGUUAAAUGAUAAUUGUCAAGAAGAAGAUUAUAUUGGAUUUAUGGAAGUAAAAGGAAUUUUUUUAACAAAACAAGAUAUACCAACAUCAUCAGCAACAAAAAAUUUACAUGAAAAUUUCCAAAUUAAACUUCGACAAUAUAUGCUUGAAGAUAGAGCACGACAUGAAUUAGCGGUGAAAUCAUAUGUGGGAUUUAUUCGAUAUUAUUCUAAACACAUAGCCAGUUCGAUUUUCCGAUUAGCUACAUUAGAUUAUUUGGGGAUUGCCAAGAUGUAUGGAUUAUUAAGAUUACCGAAAAUGCCUGAAACGAAAUAUAUUGAUAAUUCGAUAAUGCCCACUGAUGGUUGGUUAGGUGAAAUUAUCGAUAUGGAUAAAUAUAGUUAUGCUGAUAAAUUACAAGAGAAAACUCGAUUAGAAAAUUUAGAGAAUGAUAAAUUGAAAAAAAUUCAGGAUGCAAAAAGAAGAAAAGAAUUAAAAAUUAAAAAUGAAGCUUGGUCAAGUAAAUCAGAAAGAAAAGAAAAUAAAUUAGAUCGUAAAGAAAAAUUGAAAAGAAAACGUGAAGCCAUUGAAAAACAAAUUAUGGAAGAAGAAAGAUUAAAUGAUGGAGGCAACAAAGAUGAGGAGGAUGAAGUUGUUGAAGAUUGGAAAGAUAUGGUAAGAAAGAAUAAAAAAAAGCAAAAGAAAAAUAAUUCUAUACAAGGUUCAUUUGAUGAUUUAUAA